AGACAGACGGCAUCAUCAUCAUCAUCAUCAUCAUCAUCAUCAUCAUGAAACUGAUAGGCUUGCUGUUGCUGCUGCUAGGUCUUGUCUCAGCGGUUGAGGGGGAGGUGGUCACGAAUUUUAGUUCCUCCUGUCCAGACUUUUUUAUCAAAGACCAGAAGAAUAAUGCCAUUGCUCCAACUGUACUGUCCCCGGAGUCGAGGUACAAACAGAUUUGCCAGAAAUACAACGGCAAAAGGAGUAGCACAAAGUGUUCUACCAACGAACAAAAGUGUGCGAGAGAACUCUUCUCUCACACUGACACUGACAAGAGCAACAAAUCUACAGGCUACCGAUAUGCUACCCUCUACGACACCGACAACAAAAUUCCAGUAUACUCUGCCUACCUGUACACAGGUUAUGACUCCACAGAGAGAACGACUGUUUGGAUGAUUGAGCCUCAGCUUGAUGGCCACUCACAAGAGGAAAUGACCAGAGAAGAAAAUGCAGGUGGACAAGUGGGCUUGAAACAGGCUGUGAAUGAGGACCUUAUAAACGCAGGUUAUGUACCUCUGUACCCCCGUUGCCUAAACUGUGAUCAAGACCAGGCGGAAUCCACUCUCACUCUCACCAACGCUGCUCCACUGACAGACUCAGAUAGCAAACGGUGGUAUGACCAGGUGGAGAAGAAAAUAGCUCAGAGAAUGUCAGAUAAGUGUAGCGAAAGAACAGCCCAUGUUGUGUCCGGGGUCGUUCCAGGGCCCAGCUGUGAUUGGUGUGAUGAUUUUUUUUCUUUACAUUACUUUGGAUAUAAUCUUAGAGCAAGAGUAGCCAGUCACUUCUGGUCAGCUUUCUGCUGUAAAGACAGGUACAACCAGAAUAGGUUGAUAUCAGAGGGCUACAUCUUAGAAAUGAAAGGGCGUGGGAGCGCAGAGGCUGUGAAUCAAACUCUAAAUCAUCUGAAUCGUGAUCUUGCAAAGAAGUACAGCUCCUCCAACUUUCAGGUGUUUGGGUCAAUCCAAGGCUGUUCUUAAAGUCCAGACCCCUAAUACACACACACACACACACACACACACACACACACACACACACACACACACACACACACACACCUGUAAUCAGAGGCACACACCUGUAAUUGAUCAUAUCUCUCACCACAAUGCUCAUGGAAACACUGUGACAGUGACACUAAUUAUACAUGUGUGACCUUUAAAUAAUAUAAUUUUAAUAAAACUAUUCUAACUAA